AUGCAUCCUUUACAGUUUACGCCCGAAUUGAACACAACUUAUCGUCGAGCCAUGCAGGCAGCAGCCAACAUGGGCCAUCUCAACGGCGGACUUCCUGUCAGCCGGUGCCCGGUUGUUGUGGCCGCCCGACAAGCCUAUCAGGGUCUUCGGGAUGUGCGCCGGGUCGUCUUGAUCGAGCGCCUGUUGGCCAGUGAAGCUGCUCAGACGGCUGUGCAAUUGAGUGCAUCGGCUGCAGGGAUGGAUGUUAAGGCAUCGCCUGUUGAGAGGUCAUUUGCGUUACCUAGUCGCAUUGAGGGUCCGUCAGAAAUACGACCAGACUCAGGUGAGUUCCGGCAGAGAUAG